CGGCUCCCAGGGCCAGCAUCCCCGGCCCUCCCGCUCGCCGGCGGCUGUCGCCGACAUGGAACCCGUGGCCAGCAACAUCCAGGUCCUGCUGCAGGCGGCAGAGUUCCUGGAGAGGCGCGAGAGAGAGGCGGAGCAUGGCUACGCGUCCCUGUGUCCACACUACAGCCCCGGGACUGUCUACAAGAGAAGGAAGCGACCCGUUCAAGCUCCUGGUGCGCUAAACAGUGGACGGUCUGUGCACAAUGAGCUGGAGAAACGCAGGAGGGCCCAGCUGAAGCGGUGCCUGGAGCAGCUGAGGCAGCAGAUGCCCCUAGGGGUUGACUGUACCCGAUAUACCACACUGAGCCUGCUGCGCCGGGCCAGGAUGCAUAUCCAGAAGCUGGAGGAGCAGGAGCAGCAGGCCCAGCGGCUCAAGGAGAAGCUUCGCAGUAAACAGCAGAGCCUACAGCAGCAGUUGGAGCAGCUCCAGAGGCUGCCCUGGGGUGGAGAGAGGGACCGGCCGCGAGCGGACAGCCUGGACUCUUCCGUUCUGUCCUCUGAGCGCUCAGACUCAGACCAAGAGGACAUCGAGGUGGAUGUGGAGAGCCUGGUGUUCGGGACUGAGACUGAGCUGCUUCAGAGCUUCAGCGCCGGCCAGGGGCUCAGCUACUCACACAGCACCGGUACCUGGCUAUGACGUCAGCUGCCUCUCUCUCUGGACUGAGCCUGCCAGGCAGGGGAGCCCUACACAAGUCCCAACGUCUGCUUAGAGCCACUUGUUGGGAGACCACAAAGACCCUUGUGUGGGAACAGGACUCUGCACUCUGCUGCACAGCUUGAGCCUGGGCCACCUUCCCUAUCCCCCAGGGCAUUUUAUGUAGCCCUUGGCUCCGCUUUGCUGCCCCCCACAGGGACAGGAAGCCUGUAGACCUCUUGUUCCUGGGCAAA